GCCGAGCUGAGAGAGAGCGUGCAGAAGGGGGAACGGAAAUCGGCGGAACGACCGUGCGCGGCCGCGGUGCCCCCACCCGGCCUUUGGGCAGUGCUGCGCUGAGGGACCAAGAUGGCGGCGCCCAGCGCCGAGGUGGCCGAGGGGGGUCGGGGUAGGCCGCCCGCCGUCACCCCGCAGCAAAUCCGGGACCUCAUUGAUGGAGGCAUCGCUUCUGAGGGCAGCGGGCCUGAAGGGAAGGACACGUCCGACUGGUCGGAAUCAGCUAAUGGAUCUUUGCAAAUUGAUGCCCUCUCCUUGGAGUCAACAAGCAAAGAAGCUUAUUUCAGCAGAGUAGAAACGUUCACUCCUCUGAAGUGGGCAGGCAAACCCCACGAGUUGUCUCCCUUGGUCUGUGCCAAGUAUGGGUGGACCAACGUGGAAUGUGACAUGCUGAAGUGCUCCAGCUGCCAAGCCUUCCUCUGUGUCAGCCUGCAGCUCACCUUUGACUUCAACAAGUAUAAGGAGCGCUGUGUGGAGCUGAAGAAGUCCUUGUGCACCGCUCAUGAGAAGUUCUGCUUCUGGCCAGACAGCCCCUGCCCAGAUCGCUUUGCUCUUUUGCUGGUGGAUGAACCCAGAGCACUUCUCCAGGACUUCCUGGAGCGCUUCCAGAACCUGUGCCAGCUGGAGCUGCAGCUGCCUUCCCUCAGAGCAGAGGACAUGAAGAACAUGUCCCUUACAGAGGAGAAGAUCAGCCUGCUCCUCCAGCUGAUCAAGGAGGAACUCGAGCACAGGACCGAGGGAGAGAAACCACCGAUGAAGUUUGCUUCAGACAUCCUGCAGGUGCACAUUCCUGCCUGUGUCCUGGCUCUGUGCGGCUGGACCUGCAGCGCUGUGUCCGGCUCUGUGCUCUCAGUCAUCACCUGCUCUCGCUGCAUGAGGAAGGUGGGACUGUGGGGGUUCCACCAGCUGGAAUCUGCGGGGCUGGAGCUGGAUUCCUGGAGCCCAAGCACUGCUUUGACAGCAUCUGGAGAGCGCGGCCCUCCUGUGCCCACAUCUCCACGCAGGAUGCUCACACGGAGCCAAGACACGAUCUCGCCAGGCUCUGAGCAGGAGAAGAGCCCCUCCCCAUCGAUCUCUCGCCCGAGGUCUUCAGAUCCCCCCAGCAGCCCCGUGGAACGAGGGGGUGAGUUGGAGGCUGCCAGCCCCACGCAGAGGAACCGCCCCAUAACCCGCAGCAUGGGGCAAGGAGACAACGUGGAGGUGCCAUCCAGUCCCCUCCGUAGAGCCAAGAGACCACGGCUCUGCUCUUCCAGCAGCUCAGAUACUUCUCCAAGGAGUUUCUUUGACCCCAGCUCGCAGCAUCGUGACUGGUGUCCCUGGGUCAACGCAGUGGAGGGAGGAGAAGCCCCAGAGGAUCCUGAGAAGGAGCCUGCAAAGGGAGAGCCAGGCUGGCAAGUGGUCCUGAGCACACUCCUUGCCAGCAGAAAGUGUGACCAAGUGCCUGAGACAGAGCCUGUGAGCCUCUCGGUGAAAUCCUGCAAAGUGUUCCGCAUUUUCCGCCAGUGGGAGAGCAUCAAUCCCUCCUGAACGGGCUGCUGCCUCCAGGAACUGCAGCCUUGCAGGCAGAGUGGGGCAUCGUGUCAAUCCAGCAUGGUUCUGCUUCACAGCUGUGUGCUGCAAAGGCCGUGGCCACCCCAGUGCCAAACACAGCCCCCAGCGCCUGCUAGGACCCCCCAUCCCCAGCUGCCUUCCUGGAGGUCCUUUCUUUUCACAAAUUGCUGCUGGAGGCUUUGGACCCCCCCUUUCUCUCCCCCCAAGUUUUCAACAGCCCUGUUUGGAGCUGGGGGAUGCACGGGGCGAGACGUGGUCACCUGGUGAGGGUGACAUCUGUCUGGCUGUGACCCUCCAGCAGCAGCAUAGGAAAAAAGUGAUGCCAGGUGGGAAUAAACAUUUCACUUUUAUUUCUUACAGUUGUUACAGCCCUUUCUGCUGUGGCAGGGCAGGCAGCUGCCCAAAGUGGAUUGUAUUGAAGCAUCAGGGUGUGUUUCCAACCUGCUGAGAGCAGAUAGCAUCCCUGGUCCUCUGCUCUGGGCUGAUAAGUCAGCCAGGGAGGCUGUGACAGAGCCAAAAACCCUGCAAAACCCUGCUUGGGGCUUUGGUGCUGAUCUCCCCACCGAAAAGGGGAGAAGAAGCCGAGAAAAGAAACCUCAAUCUGUCAUCUCCAUCCUUUAAGGAUGAUGAGGAAGAGGCUUUGGGGAGGGCUCAGGCCCCACAGCCAUCCCCCCCCAGCAGCUCUGUUGCUGUGGGUGUGCUGCUGUCGAAGUGUGGGUGAACGCAUAGGGAAAUGUCAUUGCUGUUUUGCAGAGCAAAGGCUCUCUCUUAUCCCCUCUUGGGGGCAGGGAGUGCCUCUGAGCUGCGUGUUUUUGGGGUUAUUGGCUGCCUUCAGCCAUAAUGGUGCAUCAAUUGGAAGAAAUAAAGAAAAAAUGCUCUUUU